AUGGGAAAGAAACAAGUGUGCCCACCUCGUGCCCUCCCUCCAGUGCCAAGUGGACACCAAGAUGAAAUUCCACUCAGUCGUCCCAAAAAAAGGAAGCCCAAAGGAAAGACUCCGUUAGAUGGCAUUGUCCAAGCAGCUGUUCGUCGGCAGUCUGAAAGCAGUGAGCCCCUAACUCCUGAACUUCAUGAUGUCCCUCCUCAGAGGAAACGCAAGAAGAAGAAAAUACCUACCGAUUCUGAGACGUCUUUUACCCAGCAAAAUGUUGCAUCCUUAUUUCAGAAUGGAAGUGGCAUGGAUAUCCCUGAAGCUGAAGAAACAGUGAUCCGCAAACAGAGAAAAAGAACAAAGAAACCUCGGCCAGCUGAAACACACUGUUCCAAUGAGCUGGAAGUGGAGGAGGAAGACAUCAUUGAAGAUGAGCACAGAAAGAGCCCAGAUCAGCAGCCUGUGUUUGCUGCUCCCACUGGAAUUAGCCAGCCUGUUAGCAAAGUGUUUGUUGAAAAAAAUCGGCGUUUUCAGGCAGCUGACCGUGCAGAAUUGAUUAAAACCACUGAAAAUAUCAAUGUACUUAUGGAUGUGAAAGCUUCGUGGACUACCAGAGAUGUCGCCCUCUCAGUCCACCGAAGUUUCAGGGUGAUCGGACUGUUUACCCAUGGCUUCCUUGCUGGGUAUGCUGUAUGGAACAUCAUUGUUAUCUACAUUUUGGCAGGAAAUCAACUUUCCACGGUUUCUAACCUGCUCCAGCAGUAUAAGACACUAGCAUACCCAGCUCAAAGUUUGUUCUAUUUGUUGCUGUCUAUCAGUACGGUCUCAGCCUUUGACAGGUAA